AUGACGAAUGAUAAAGAGUUUGCUGACCCUGUCAGCAAAAUUGACUGCUACCAAAGCAACUUCAGCAGCAACCUGCCACACGCCGCCCUUCCACUGCAGCUCAACUCCCCCCCACACACCACCCUUCCACUGCAGCUCAACCCCCCCCACACACCACCCUUCCACUGCAGCUCAACCCCCCCCCACACACCACCCUUCCACUGCAGCUCAACCCCCCCCCACACACCACCCUUCCACUGCAGCUCAACCCCCCCACACACCACCCUUCCACUGCAGCUCAACUCCCCCCCACACACCACCCUUCCACUGCAGCUUAAACCCCCCCCACACACCACCCUUCCACUGCAGCUCAACCCCCCCACACACCACCCUUCCACUGCAGCUCAACCCCCCCACACACCACCCUUCCACUGCAGCUCAACCCCCCCACACACCACCCUUCCACUGCAGCUCAACCCCCCACACACCACCCUUCCACUGCAGCUCAACUCCCCCCACACACCGCCCUUCCACUGCAGCUCAACCCCCCGUCCCCCCACACACCACCCUUCCACUGCAGCUCAACUCCCCCCACACACCACCCUUCCACUGCAGCUCAACCCCCCACACACCACCCUUCCACUGCAGCUCAACUCCCCCCACACACCACCCUUCCACUGCAGCUCAACUCCCCCCACACACCACCCUUCCACUGCAGCUCAACUCCCCCCACACACCACCCUUCCACUGCAGCUCAACUCCCCCCCACACACCACCCUUCCACUGCAGCUCAACCCCCCCACACACCGCCCUUCCACUGCAGCUCAACCCCCCACACACCACCCUUCCACUGCAGCUCAACUCCCCCCCACACACCGCCCUUCCACUGCAGCUCAACCCCCCACACACCGCCCUUCCACUGCAGCUCAACUCCCCCCACACACCACCCUUCCACUGCAGCUCAACUCCCCCCACACACCACCCUUCCACUGCAGCUCAACUCCCCCCCACACACCACCCUUCCACUGCAGCUCAACUCCCCCACACACCACCCUUCCACUGCAGCUCAACCCCCCCCACACACCACCCUUCCACUGCAGCUCAACUCCCCCCACACACCACCCUUCCACUGCAGCUCAACCCCCCACACACCACCCUUCCACUGCAGCUCAACUCCCCCCACACACCGCCCUUCCACUGCAGCUCAACCCCUCCGUCCCCCACACACCGCCCUUCCACUGCAGCUCAACCCCUCCGUCCCCCACACACCGCCCAUCCCCCACACGCCGCCCUUCCACUGCAGCUCACCCCCCCAUCCCCCACACACCGCCCUUCCACUGCAGCUCACCCCCUCAUCCCCCACACGCCGCCCUUCCACUGCAGCUCAACCCGUCCGUCCCCCACACACCGCCCUUCCACUGCAGCUCAACCCCCCCAUCCCCCCACACGCCGCCCUUCCACUGCAGCUCACCCCCCAUCCCCACACACCGCCCUUCCACUGCAGCUCACCCCCUCAUCCCCCCACACGCCGCCCUUCCACUGCAGCUCAACCCGUCCGUCCCCCACACACCGCCCUUCCACUGCAGCUCAACCCCUCCGUCCCCCACACACCGCCCUUCCACUGCAGCUCACCCCCCAUCCCCCACACACCGCCCUUCUACUGCAGCUCAACCCCUCCGUCCCCCACACACCGCUCUUCCACUGCAGCUCAACUCUCCCCCUCCUGUCAUCUACACAAUACCACCACUACCUCUUCCCCCUCUCUCUCUCUGUCGCUCUCUAGCACAUGCUGAAUGA